CCCAGGCUUGUCCAAGCACCUACCAUUUACCUCACAGAAAAUUUCACGGCCAAAGUUGCAGUCACUUACAAGCAAGCUAGCAAGCUAGCCCCUGUCCCCUUAAAAUGGCCACCAACAUUAAAAUUGAGACCUCGAUGGGCACCAUCGUGGUAGAGCUCUACAACCUACAUGCGCCCAAGACAUGCAAGAACUUCGAGACGCUGGCGGAGCGCGGCUACUAUGACGAUGUCAUCUUCCACCGUAUCAUCAAGAAAUUCAUGAUCCAAGGAGGAGACCCGACGGGCACGGGCCGAGGUGGCAGCAGUAUCUACGGCGAGAAAUUUGAAGAUGAGAUCAGCAACGAGCUCAAGCACACUGGUGCCGGCAUCCUGAGCAUGGCAAAUGCAGGCCCAAACACAAACGGGAGUCAAUUCUUCAUCACCUUGGACCCAACUCCAUGGCUCGACGGCAAGCACACCAUUUUCGGCCGUGUGAAGAGAGGCAUGAAGGUUGUUCACAGGAUGGGUCUAGUGCCAACUGACGAGGAGGACCACCCGUCGGAGACUGUCAAAAUCAUAAAGGCCCGAGUAGCACAGGACGACGACGAGGGCGAGGGUGUGGAUGAGGACGCGAACGAGGGCGCAGGUGUGGAUGAGGAAUUAAAUGCCUAGGCAUCCUUUUCUGACACAUACCUCACUAACACGAGUUUGGAAAGGCUGUCUCGUAGGUCGCGGGAAGCAUGUUAAAGUACAGAAGAUAAUUCCGUAACACCUAGUGAGGGUAGAGCCACCGCUGGCAUCUUUCGUUGGACCAACAGCGGGCGGUGGACGAGCGGUCUUAGCUUCUUUUAUACAACAUAGCCCAAGAAGAUCCCAAGCCAUUUGGCCCACUGCCUUGUUACCCGGCUCUUUUGAUACAAAGUCCAGAAUGCCAUGAG